UGUACUCUGGACAACGUCGUGUUCCACGAAAAGUUCGUAGAUGUGCGGCAUGAGCUUCGCGGUCUCUUCCUCUAACUCUCUUCUCUCUCUCCUCACCGUCUACUCUCCUUUCUCUUUCUUCCUUCCGUUUUCUUUCUUUUUAAAAUCCUCAAUUCCCUCUCUCUUUCUCUACUGCUCCUCUUUCCUACUUCUUCGAAGGGAAAAGACAACGAAGAAGAGAAAUCAUGGGGAAUUGCCUCGACAGUCGAGUGAAAUCUCUGAAUCCUUCUACCACGAGACCUUCCAGCCUAGGGACCUCAACUGCAAGGGCGGCCAGCACUUUUACCACUAAGCUUUCCAGCUUUAGUGACAGCACAUAUGAUAACUUCAACGACAGUGAAGGGUUUUCUGAGGGUAGAAUCCUCGAGGCGGCAAAUCUUAAGGUCUUUACUUUUGCUGAGCUAAAGAGUGCCACAAGGAACUUCAAGUCUGACAAAGUUCUUGGUGAAGGAGGUUUUGGAACAGUUUAUAAGGGAUGGCUUGAUGAGAAGACUCUUACUCCUACAAAGAGUGGGAUUGGUAUAAUUGUUGCUGUGAAAAAAAUGAAAUCUGAGAGCAUGCAAGGUUUGGCGGAAUGGCAGUCUGAAAUAAACUUCUUAGGAAGACUUUCACAUCCCAACCUCGUCAGGCUCUUGGGAUAUUGCUGGGAGGACAAGGAACUUCUUCUUGUAUAUGAAUUUAUGCCAAAGGGAAGCUUAGAGAAUCACCUCUUCAGAAGAGGUGCAGCUUUUGAGCCACUUCCAUGGAGCUUGAGGAUGAAAAUAGUGCUUGGAGCUGCUCGAGGCUUAGCUUUUUUGCAUUCAUCAGAAAAGCAAGUGAUAUAUAGAGACUUCAAGGCUUCCAAUAUCCUUCUAGACUCUAAUUACAUCCCAAAGCUCUCUGACUUUGGGCUAGCAAAGCAAGGUCCAACCGGUGGCGAUUCCCACGUUACUACACGAGUGAUGGGUACCUUUGGAUAUGCAGCACCAGAAUAUGUUGCUACAGGUCAUCUCUAUGUUAAGAGUGAUGUGUAUGGCUUUGGAGUAGUGUUGCUUGAGAUACUAUCUGGUCUGCGGGCGCUUGACUCAACACGACCUAGCGCGCAGCACAAUUUAGUCGACUGGGCUAAGCCAUUUCUCUCUGAUCGAAGAAAGCUGAGCCGCCUGAUGGAUCAGCGGCUUGAGGGUCAGUAUCCAGCAAAGGCUGCACUUCAGGCAGCACAACUCACUCUCAGAUGUCUCGCCGGCGAUCCUAAGAGCCGUCCAUCGAUGAUGGAAGUGGUGGAAACUCUAGAGCAAAUUGAAGCCAGAAAGGGGAGAUCAAGAGAGGGAAGAGCAGGUAACUCUUCGACAAUAAUGAAAGAGCAGAGCAAUUACCACAAGCACUGAUGGCCUGGAAAUAGAGUUCAGGCAAUGCCACUUUACUUUCUGAUCCAGAGUUAUGAGAUGCGAGCUUUGCCUAAUUGGUUUGAUCUUUCCAGGAAGCUGUCCUGCAGAUUGAACUGCAAUUUUGUUCUUAAUUAUGUCUGAUGAAUUGAUGUAUUCUUAACGAGCUUUCUUUUGUUUGCUCAUUUGUGUGUAAACCGAACCUCAUUUUUAAUCAAUGUGCCAUUAACGGAUUUAUUUAUGUCA